UGCAGGCAGACAGGUGUCAUGAUAAGCGAUACUCACGAGUUCUGGGUAAGGAGGAAGGGUAGUAACCUUCGUCCCUUUAAAGUGUGUAAUCUAAGGUGAUCUAAUCUAAGUUUACGAUCUUACCUGACUAUACUACUACGAAACAAGUGUGACUGUGAAAUGUGCUUUGGUCGUGAUGUGGAAAGACAACAUGAUGAUCGCUGUUGGGUUGGCUUUUCUGAUUCUGUGCAUGCAGAACAUAGACUGCACCUCAGACAAGCUUACACAGGAUGGAAUCACUUGGAAUUAUAACUACACCAGAUACCAUCCAAUGUCAGAGAUCUCUGAUUGGAUGGAACGUGUGGCGUCAGAGAAUCCAGAGCUGGUGUCCUCCUCUGUGUACGGAGAGACCUUUGAGGGCAGGAACAUCACAUUCCUCAAGAUUGGCCUAGGCUCAGAGGGAAAGGAGAAGAAGUGUCUGAUCUUACAACGGUACCAGACAGAUGAGAAGCUGAAUGAGAUGCUGAAGAACAUGGACUUCUACGUGACUCCUGUUCUGAACAUUGAUGGCUACAUGUUCAGCUGGUUUAAUGAGAGUACUCGACUGUGGAGGAAGUCCAGGUCAAUUCCACCAGAGGGCUGUUGGUGCCAUGGCGUGGAUCUCAACAGGAACUUCAAUGCAAACUGGGGCACUGUGGGGGUGUCCAGAGACUGCUGUCAGAACACGUACUGUGGUUCUGGACCCGUGUCGGAGAAAGAGGCCGAGGCUGUGACGCAGUUUGUGGGCAGCAGGGUGGACCAGAUCCUCUGCUUCCUCACCAUCCACUCUGCAGGGCAGCUGCUGCUUAUGCCUUAUGGACACCCACAAAUCUCAGCACCCAACUAUGAUGAGCUGAAGGCUGUGGGUCAGGCUGCUGCUGCAGCCAUGAAGGCCGUACACGGGAUGGUCUACCGAGUGGGAACCUCUUCUGAGAUACUCUACUCUAACUCAGGUUCCUCGCGCGACUGGGCUCGUCUGAUAGGGAUCCCCUUCUCCUACACCUUUGAGCUGAGGGACAUGGGCGAGUUCGGCCACCUCCUCCCCGAGGACCAGAUCCAGCCGGCCUGUGAGGAGGCCUUUGAGGGAGUCCGCACCAUCAUCACCUACGUCCACGACAAGGCCUUCCACAACCGCACCCUGACAGAAGGGUCAAGAGGAGGAAAGAGAGGAGGGAAGAUGAGGGGAAGUAGAUAAGUACAGAGGAAAUGCAAGACAAAGACAGAAGUAUAACAUAUAUUUGGAGGCAGAUAUGAGCAAAUGCAAUAAGUUCACUCAUAUGAAUAUUUUGUUAUUCAGACCAUAUGAUCUGAUGGGAAAUAUGAAAAAUAUGGAAUAAAGCAAACAUUGAAAUAUU